AUGUCAGGAGGAUCACAGAGCAGUUUGAGGAGGUAUUUGGGAGCUCUUAAAGAUACCACAACAGUUUCCUUAGCAAAAGUCAAUAGUGAUUACAAGGAAUUGGAUAUUGCUAUUGUGAAGGCUACAAAUCAUGUGGAACGUCCUUCAAAAGAAAGAUACAUCAGAGCUAUUUUCAUGGCUAUUUCAGCAACAAGGCCUCGUGCAGAUGUGGCAUAUUGCAUCCAUGCUCUGGCUAGGCGGUUAGCAAGAACACAUAACUGUUGCUCUGAAAACUCUUAUUGUUAUUCACCGUGCUUUGAGGGAAGUGGACCAAACGUUUCAUGA